AUGGAAAACGAUAAAGGUCAAUUAGUCGAAUUAUACGUCCCAAGAAAAUGUUCUGCCACCAACAGAAUCAUUAAAGCCAAGGACCAUGCUUCAGUUCAAAUCUCAAUUGCCAAAGUUGAUGAAGAAGGAAGAGCUAUUCCAGGUGAAAACAUCUCAUACACUUUGAGUGGUUACGUUAGAGGAAGAGGUGAAGCUGAUGACUCUUUGAACAGAUUGGCUCAACAAGAUGGUUUAUUGAAGAAUGUCUGGUCAUACUCUCGUUAA